AUGAUUAGUAGUCGCCCCAGUGGUGAAGCACUCGUGGCUCGCCGUGCUGCGUCCGACAGCGCAUCGUUGACCAAAAGGCUCAUGGGAUGGCCUAUCAUGCAGCUCAUGACAUGGAGACUUUUUGCGCAAUUCGGCACAGAGAAGGAAGCAAAAGAGCGACCCGACGCGAGCGCCAACAACACCACCGUGCCCAUGCUGCUCAAGUUUCGCAACGACACGGCACCGCCGCACGGAGCAGUCGGCAACGGCGCGGAGCUGCGCAUCCUGCCGCUCGGGGACUCCAUCACCGUCGGCUGGCUCAGCGACACGGAUGGCGGCGACGGCGACGGCUACCGGCGGCAGCUGCAGCAGAACCUCUCGCGCAACAACAAGGUCGCGUACGCCGGCACCGUCCGCUCCGGCAGCCUAAAGGACGGGUACUACGCGGCCUGGUCCGGCCAGACGAUCCAGUUCAUCGCCGAGCACGCGGGCGCGGCGCUCGCGCAGCGACCCAACGUCGUGCUGCUCAUGGCCGGCACCAACGACAUGAACCCGGACCCACGCGUCUCGCGGCAGGGCCACGAUCCCGCGCAGGCGGCCGCGCGGCUCGGCACGCUCAUCGACAUGAUUGUCGGGGCCUGCCCGGACGCGGUGCUGCUGGUCGCCGUGAUCCCGGGGACGUGCAACGCGGACCAGGCGCCGCAGACGGAGGUCCUCCAGGGGCUGAUCCCGGGCGUUGCGGCGCGGCGCCGCGAGGCCGGCGGCAAGCAGGUCUUGGCGGUGGACUUUGGCGGCGACUCGUUUGGCGUGGAUCUGCUCCGGGACUGCAUCCAUCCGACCAACGCGGGCUACCGGAUCAUGGGCGACUACUGGUCUGAUUUCAUACAGCAGGUGCCGGCCGGCUGGAUACGAGAGCCGGUGGGCGCGGAUCCGGUGCGCUCAGAAGGGAGUGGUGCACGGAGAGCGGCGUUGGGCAUGUUGGCGUGGGCGUUAUUGUUUCUCUGCAUUUGA